CGCUCUCUCGCUCUCUCGCUCUCUCUCUCUGCUCGACCGUACGCCACGACGCAGACACUAUAACCCACCCCCGUCCGACAUUACCCCCUCCCCGUCCCCGUCAGACCCCUCUUUCUCUCUCCUCCGACACUCUCUGGGGCCCAUCGCCGGAGAUGCUCUCGGGUUCCGAUCCUCCGGCGGGGGCGGCGGCGGCGGCGGAGCUCGUUUCCGGGGAGCGAAAGCUUGAAGCUUGAGAGGGGAGCUCUCCUUAGUUUGGAUGGCUAAAUCUGUUGUCCUACUUGUUAUAUCUGGUUAGCAUUUGAGUGGUUCUCGGAACAGGAAGGCUCUGGAUUCGCAGAAGCCCGUUUCUGGGUGUAUGGGAAAGAUGAUCAACUUAUUUGAGUUGAGCGCUGGUAUGACUGGAACAAAGCUGCUUACCGAUCGAGCUCAUAGAGAUGGUUCUCCAGUUCGAAAAAAUAGGCCAGAAGCAAAGGAGGCUAAUGGUCCUGGUGCAGUUCAUGCGGAUGACAAAUCUGCUAAUAGCGACCCGAGAAGGAGUUCUUCUGCCAAGAAAUCGGGUGGAACACCAAUGAAGAUGCUAAUAGCACAGGAAAUGUCUACAGAGACCGAAUCAAAAAGAAAACCACCUAGUGUAGUUGCAAAAUUAAUGGGCCUUGAUGAUGAUCUACCUGCUCCUCCAGCUAGUAAAAGAAGUUCACAAGAAGACCGCUGUUUGAACAAGCCGACCCCAUGUGAAAUUCACUCCUCAUCUAGUGAGAGGAUCGAGUACAAGGAUGUGUAUGAGGUUUGGCAACAACCUUCGAGACCCAAUUAUUCUCACGACCGGCAGAGCGAGAAAAGAAUGGACCUGGUGCGCCAAAAGUUCAUGGAAGCAAAGCGAUUAGCAACGGAUGAGAGGCUCCUUCAGUCUAAGGAGUUCCAAGAAGCCCUGGAGGUUUUGAGCUCGAACAGAGAUAUAUUCCUAAAAUUUCUUGAAGAGCCAAAUUCCCUCUUCUCAAAACAAAUAGAUGGGUUACAUACCAUCCCGCCGCCACCUCGUACUAAGCGAAUUACCGUUUUGAAGCCAGCAAAAUCCGUCGAGGUAAAAGUUGAUAAAUUGAUCAAAAAGCAACAAUACCCAAAUGUUGAUAGAAAUGGAUGUGAGUUGAACAAGCCUUAUUGGAGAUCAAGUCUCACUAAUUCAAAGUCGGAAAGCUUUUCUCAGCCUACUAGGAUAGUGGUUUUGAAGCCCAGCCCUGCAAAGGCCCAAAUUGUUUCACAAGAAGUGAUGACACAGAAUGACUUGUAUGGAGGUUUGGGAGAUAUUGAAGCCAAAAGCUACCAUCGAAGGGAUGAGUCCUUGCUUUCUUCUGUAUUUUCAAAUGGAUAUGGUGGAGAUGAUAGCUCAUUCAAUCGAUCGGAAAAUGAGUACAUAGAAGAAGAAGAAGAAGAAGAGGGUGGUAGCUUCAGCGAUUCGGAGAUAGUAACUCCGACUUCCCGCCAUUCAUGGGAUUAUAUUAACAAAUUUGGAAGUCCUUACUCUGCCUCAUCUUUUAGCAGGGCUUCCUAUUCUCCUGAGUCAUCGGUGAUUAGAGAAGCUAAAAAACGGCUCUCCGAGAGGUGGGCUUUGGUGGCAGCUAAUGAGAUAAUCCACGAAGAAAUUCAGGUUCCGAGGAGCUCAAGCACUUUGGGAGAUAUGCUUGCUAUACCUGAUGUGAAAAAGAAAGAAGAGGGAAGCAGGUCAUAUGGGGCAGAACAUGAAUUUAGGGCACAAAAUGCUUGUUUAAUUCAAAAAGAGGAAGAAGGGGAGGGCUCCCCUAGAAACUUAUCGCGGUCUAAAUCUGUUCCGGUCUCUUCAUCAGUUUAUGAUAAUGUUGGCUUGAAUGCUCAAGUUUCUAAUUCUCAGGAUAGCAGAUCUAUUGUUGCCAAGGAGGCUGCAAGGCCUAAUAAAGGGAAAUCAUUUUUCAGGAGUUUCUUCUCUAGAAGUAAGAAACCAGGUAGAGAGGGACCUAGUCCUUCAUUGGUGGGCCCUGGUAAGGUCCAUUCUCCUUGUAUGGAGGCAUCUAGUAAUGAUGACUUGUUGAAGCCAGAUGACAAGAGUUUCCCUGAUGAGAGUCCGGUAGUAAAUUCAGAGGAGGAAUUUGAAAAGGCUGUUUCGGCCCCAGCAUCUAGUGUAUCGAAGCAGGGAACUGUGUCCUCCAAGGCUACACUUUCUCUUGUGAAACCUACACCAUCGGAUUAUCCGUUUGAGAUCCAAGAAAAAUCCAAAUCAUCUAAUAGUCCAAGAAUCUACCUUGAUCAGCCCAGCCCUACUUCAGUUCUUGAUGCACUGAUUGAAGAUGCUAAUGAGAAUGAGACCCCAUCCCAUGUACAUGCCAACACUGGUAAUCAGCAGGCAAUUUCGAGAUCACCAGCAAUCGAAUCAGUCGCCCGAUCCUUAUCAUGGGAGGAUGCAGAUGCUCACAUGGAAACACCAUCAUUUAUUGAUCCCCCAGAUUUUCUUAGAACAAUUUCCCGAGGAAAUGUGGAUGAACAAGAGCGUUUUACCUUUGUACAGAACCUACUAUCCUCCUCUGUUUUAAACAGUGAGAAACCCAAUUCGGUCUUUGCCGGCUGGCAUUCAAUUGACUGUCCAUUGAAUCCAAAUUUGCUGGACAAAUUCUUGGAUCGCAAGGAGGAAGCCGCUAAGUCCCGUGAGAGGAGAUCGAACCAAAGGCUUCUCUUUGAUUGUGUCAAUGCUGUUUUACUGGAGAUUGGCCAUUCUACCUUACUUGGUGUUUACCCAUGGGGAAAAGCACAUACCGUGUCACAGAAAAGUGCUUUACUGGCAGCUGAAGUGUGGGAUCGUGUAAAGAACUGGUUUUCCAAUGAGGCGAAGUUUGUACAUGGUGAAAGUGAAAAUGCAGGUGUAGUGGUCGAAAGAGUCACGAGGAAGGAGAUAGAAGGAAAUGGAUGGGCCGAAUUAAUGAGGUUUGAAGUCAACGAGAUUAGCAGAGAGAUUGGUGGGGAGGUAUUGGAGCAGUUGGUUGGCGAGGCUCUGAUGGAAUUUGCUGCCGGAUGUUGCUUGUGAUAAGGUAACAUCCUCGCAUUAAUGCUCUCUUUUUGCUUGUUAUUUUCCAUUUCCUACUCCUUUAUGCCUCUGUUAUGUUCUGUUUUUAACUGUGAUGGAGGCCAUUGGUGUGACUAUUUCUACAUUCUCCAAAUUGUGAUAUAUGUGCAUUAUUAUCUAUUGUCUGAUGAAUAUGUUCACAAUUGCUACAUGUAAAAAUGGUUUCCCCAAUUUCAUCU